AUAGCAGUUUGUGCUUCCGGCUGAAUAUCGCCGCGGAAAAUAUCGUCGCGCUCGUAUCUGCGCGAUUGACGAUUAUUCGGGAAAUCGUAAGCUCGCCGUAAGCCGCGCGCGACUGCGGCAACCAGCGAGACGGGAUGUUACUCGCGGAUUCCAACUCGACUCCGGUGGUGCUCGAGCAAUUUCCAUAGACAGAAAUCGAAUUAAAUCGAUCCCGUCGUGCGAAUAACGCGCGAAUAAGGCGUGGACGCGAGCGGAGCCGCGAAAAUUCGCCGUGCGCUCGUCGUCGAGCCUCGCCUCGUCAUUUCGACACGGACACGCCCGUUUCCGGACGUGCAUCGUUAAAACGCUAAAAAAAGCGACGCGUCGGUAAAUUAGAUUUCUGUCCGUGCACACGGACGGGAGUACAAAGGGUCUGUUGUCACACGCGGACGGUGCGUUAGAUCGUUUGGGCAACUGUCAGUCGGUCUCCGUUGGACUCGGACUGCUCGGAGCGGCAAGAUAUCUUUCGCGUUUUUAAAUGUGAUUCUAACAGGCGGUUUAUAUUUAGAUAUUAAGGACAUUUGUGAUAAACGCACUUAGGAUGGCUCAUAGCUCUCAAACCUACGGAUCUACGGAUCACAGAGCGGAUGUACCUGAUAUAGGAUUUAGUCCUACCGAACUUUAUAGUCUCAGUGAAAAUAUUACCACUAACAUAUAUACAAUUAAUACAAGUUGGAGAACCUUGGAAAAAGCUUAUAAGAACAUUGGAACCAGCAAGGAUAGUCAAGGCUUAAGAGACAAAGUGCAUGUAACACAAUUGAGUACCAACCAGGUGGUCACGCAGACGAGCAAAGACAUAGCUAGACUGACAGUACUAAUGAGACGUGGUGACAAGCAGCAAAAAUUACAAAUUGAGAAACUCACAACGGACUUUAAAGAUGCAUUACAGAGAUAUUCUUAUAUGCAGAAGUCAAUUGUGGAGAAAAUGAAGAGACAUAUUUUAGCUUUAACUAAUAUAGAAAAUACAAUAGAUGAGGAGGAAGUUGAUGAGACACAAAGCCUGCUUCAAGCACAGGAACAGCAGCAUAGAGCCACACAAAGGACGUUUGAAUUUCAACAAGGGCUGCUGUUAGAGAGAGAAGACAGAAUAAAACGAAUUGAGGGGGACAUUUUGGACGUAAAUCAAAUUAUGCGUGAGCUUGCAGCAUUGGUGCAUCAGCAGGGUGAUACUAUUGAUACAAUCGACAACCAUAUAGAAAAUGUGCAUGGCAACGUCGAACUGGGAGCGCAGGAACUGGCGAAGGGAAGUAAUUACCAAAGUAAAUUUCGUCGAAAAGUCUAUAUCUUGAUGUUACUCGCGAUUAUAGUUGUCAUUGUAUUAAUUGUUAUUCUAGUCACUAAAUUAAGUUAGCGUCCCUAGCCUUCGUGGUUCAUCCGAGAGGGUAAACGAAAAGGGUUGUCUCAAUCUGUCUCGCGCUCAUGCGCGCGCGCGCACGAAUUUAAAAGUAUAAUACAACCUUCUACUUCAAAGUAAUUGUUUCGCCCACUUCUCUCUGUAUGUCGGAAAUAUAAUACGAGGAGAGUAUAGAGACUUAUUUUAUAAUCCGCUUACGAGUGAACUAUUAUCUUCCACGCACAGGAAGAUGUUAGCCCUUUCCAGAUUUUAUAAAAACAGUAUUUAAUAAUUUCAUAUGUAAAGUAUAUAUGAAUUUUUAUAGGCUUUUUUUAUUCUAUAUUUUUCGCACUCUAGCUGAAUUGUAUUGUUACUAAGUAAAAUACGAGAAUGUGAGUAACGGCUUAGUAAAUACUCUUGCCAAAUUAUACUUGUAUGUUUUAUCGUGAAAAUUAUUUCUUUCAAAAUAAUUUUGUCCUCUAGACAUACUGCAGAUUUCCUAUCCCUAUCGUCUCACAAAUUUUAUGUUGAUAAUGUGCAUGAAAAAGAAUUUUAUUAAAUCAUUUGCUUUUCAAACGCUGCUUUGAACACGUUAUUAUAUCGCCGUAUCGCUAUUACAAUACGCAGUAGUGAUGUUUCUGACUAUCAAUAGAAAAAUUGAUAGAGACACUUUCAUUAAUAUUGUUUUAACAGUUUGCAGUUGUGCACCAUUGGCAUUACAUAUUAAUUUAACUGAGACGUGUCUUUAGGCAAAAUCUAUAAUCAUGCCUAAUAUACCAUGUGAAAAAAUCACUCUUUAUAAAAAAAGUUGCGCAAUUGAAAUGUUACCAACUUGUCGCUGCUGCUGUAGACAUUAUAUGCCAACAACCACUGGUCAUAUAAUUCGUUAAAAGAGCAUCUAGUGUGGCAAAUAUUAUAUUGAAUUUAUAUAAUGCAUGAAAAUCUUAUUGUUAUGCAUUUUCUAAAUUGUAAUUUUACGUCUAUUGUAUAUUCAUUUAUAUGUAUUAAAACCGAUAUUUUUAUUGCUGUACAUCCUAUUUAUAUAAUAAAUGUAAUCCCAAUUUUAUUGAAAAUCGUCAGCAAUUCAGGCAUUGAUUCAGUUCUUGCGUACAUUGGCUUAGAUCAUAUUGAUGCUUGUCAUUCGUGAUUGUAUAAAUGUUAAUCUAUAAUAAUCUUAAAAGUCUUUAUCAUGCUUUAAGACAUGGGAACAGUUUCGACUAUCAAUUCAUCAUACAAAUUCGCUUCAAAUUAUGAGCAUUGAGCAUAUAGUUACUAUGUUUCGUGCGUAUCUUACGAACGAUAUCUUUCUACAAAUAAAGUCGCAAAUAAAGCUAAGUAUAACACGUGAAUUUUCUCCCGAAUAUCGCAAAAUGCUAACAAUAUCUAUUUUUCUAUAUAUUAUUCGUCAAUUUACUAGUAACAAUUAUUUCAACUAUUACACGAGACAGUUGCCGUGCUUGUGUAUGUUGCAUCAAUAUGAAAUAACAAAUUGUCUCUUGAUACUGUCUGGAUAUUUUCUUUUAAAUUUGGGAUAUUAUUUCGCGUUUAAUUAAUCGAUGCUUCCUCAUAAUUAUAUAAUCAAAGAGCCGACGCUUAUUUGAAAUUAUAUAUUGGGAGAUACGAGAUGAGAAGGACAAAUUUACUCGAUUGAGACAGCCAUUUUCUUGCAGCUACUCGAUUCUUACAUGAUUAGGCAUUCCGGAUGCUAAAAAUCCAAGAUAUAAUUAUUAAGGUUAUAACCUGAAUAUUGUAUAUACAACAAUACUAAUCAUUAACAUCACUUAAAUAAAUAAUACAAUACGGCAUUGAUAUCAAUAUCUGCACUUGAUGUCAAUGAUAAUAGCUUUAUUAUAUAUCUAUUGUUGAUUUAUAUGUGCUAAAUUAAUAUUAGACAUUAAAUUAUGUUCUGUUCUUUCCGAAUAAAAUUUUUUUAUACCCCGUACGUAUGAUAUAAUUAAUAUAGAAUUGCAUCAGAAAGUAUAAGGAAGAGGUUACGAUACACAAAAUUAGGGAUAUACCUAUUUUUAUCGAAUCUCGAUGCUAUACUGGUAGAAAAAUAGUAUCGAGAACGCCUUUUAUAGUACAACUUUCGCGCUACAAAUCGUUUAUUUUAAAACUGGUAAGAUUCAUAUGAUUGCUAAUAGCGAUACACGUUAGAUGUCACUAAAAUAUAAAAUGUUUUAGAACACUAGAUCUAUCUCUCAACAUAAUAAACGAUCCAUGUACUGUUAACAAUUUCGUAAACGUAAACAUUACAAUUUAAACAUUUUAUUAUUUUUAUAUGCAAUAACGAAUCUUUUGUUACAAAGCUUGUACAUAGCGUAAAAAAGAAUCUUAUCUUUAUAGUGGAAUAUAUACAUGUGUGUUCAAACUUGUGUCAUCAGAGUGUUGAUUUGAAAGGGAUAGACACCCUACGACGAAUGUAUGUGAGAAAUUAAUGUUUGUAGAAAAUUUUUUCAGAUUUAUACUAACAAUACGCUCCUAUUUACAGAAGUUACUUUGUAAAGGGCAGUGAUUCUCCCAUGUGAGCCUAACAGCUUUUGUUCCUUACCGCUUAUAAA